AUGGACGAUCCAGCAUAUACAUGGCCUGCCGGGAAGUUUGGUCUGAAGAGGGAAGAUCUAUCUAACAAGCUUCACGACCAGUACAACACUUAUCUCGCGCCGAUCCAAAGUCCCGAGGCCUUUUACCACGACAUCUCCGAAAUUGCCCAUACCGCACACUCUGCUGCAGAGUUCCAUCAUCUAGCCCACGGUCGAAGACAACAGCGACUCGAUGAAUUGAACGACGCCCUCGAGUCUGCAAGUUUCGAGAUUAUUGGCUAUCCGAGACUUAUCGAGACACCUCAGUGGGAGCAUGCCGUACAGCUCUUUCGCACCAACUCCCUCGACUCACUCCUUCAAUACUUCGCCUCGUAUCUCCCCCAAGAACACCGCUGGCACCCGUUACAUCAAGACUCUGCCCUGUCAGGCGCUGAUGACAGUGGAGGAUUAAGCAAAAGGCAUACCUCUGGUACUACUGGGAAAUUAAGUCAAGUAAGUACUGGGGCCUGUAUUCUUGAUGGUAUCACGCUUGGAGCAGCUGAGCACAAACGAGAGGAGAUGCACAACAACAACAAUGCACACCGCAGGGCGAGGCCCAGUACAAAGACAUGGUCUGGCGAAGUUAGCCCAGAACACACCCACUCAACAGCACAGAGAAGAGCCUCGUUCGAUCGUCAUGCCGAACCAAGGCGACAAUUUCUCAAUUUCACUCCCCAGAACCCGUCACACUCGGUUGUUCUCAAACUUCAGCCUGCAGCUGGGCACGACAUUAUAAUCAAAGCAGACUGGGAUCCUCAUAUAGCUUAUAUACUUAUCGCCAGCAGCGUUGUUCAUCUAUCGAAAGCUAUAUCCAGAAGCAACUGGCCCUUUACGGAAUUGCACAACAAACACUGCCUGAAUGUAAUGGCGGAAACAUCACUAUGGGAUUACAUAUUUAUGCGCACGUCCAUCUUUGUCUUGCACCUCAUCGCGCCCCUGAGUAUCGUGGUCUCUCUCAUCUUAUCCCUAGUCCCCCUCCCAUUUCAGAUUCCGAGGUUUCUCAAGGCAUGGUUGAUUCUUGAGGCCCUAUUCUAUAUCUUCGUAUACCUUCCACUUAACAAGCACCUUCAAAAACCCGCAAACCAUCCUACUGCACCCUGUCGAGCUGAUCGUCAAAGGCUAUUCCAACAAUGUCAUGACAAUAUUCCAGACGCAGGCCAGUAUCUAAGGAGGUGGUUUCGCGAUGCACCAGAGCAUGAGAUAAAGCGUGAGAACGUUAAGGAAUUCUUCCGAUGGGGCUUUUUGAACUUGGAAGAUUCUGGUUCUACGUAUGAUGACGAGCUAGAGGAGUAUAUCGAACAACUGGAGGAGCUGCUUGAAAGAAAGUUGGAGCCUGGGAGGGGGGAUGCUAAAUGCCUGCGCAUGACUCUUGCCAAGGUUGAGAUGCUUCAUCGAAGUUUAAAAUGGUCUCCCGCCAAGAGGCUUACCUACUGGCAUCGGCCACAUACGUCCAAAACAAAGCUACCCAUUCUCUUCAUCCAUGGCAUCGGCGUGGGACUUUAUCCCUAUGUGAACUUUCUGGCUGAACUCAAUACGGCCGGUAGUGCAGAUGGAGAUGUUGGCAUUAUUGCUGUCGAGGUUCUAUCAGUAAGCUCUCGCAUCACAGGCCCGGCUAUGUUGAAAGAGGAAAUGUGCGAGGAAAUCCAUCGCAUAUUGUCUUCGCACGGAUGGGAAAACUGCGUCUUGGUCUCUCACUCGUACGGAAGCGUUGUGGCCGCUCAGCUUCUUCGAGACCCCAAGAUCUCCGCCAGUAUCGGCCCCGUUGUGUUCAUUGAUCCGGUAUACUUCCUUUUACAUCUGCCUGAUGUAGCAUAUAACUUUAUAUGUCGACGGCCAAGUGAGACAAAGGAACACUUACUGUCCUACUUUGGCUCGAAAGACAUAGGUAUUGCUCAUACGCUAUUUAGGCGCUUCUUCUGGGCCGACAAUUUACUCUGGAAGGAAGACCUACAGGAUCGACCUACGGCCGUGGUUUUGGCCAGUAGAGACAGUAUCAUCGAUGCGAAAUCGAUUCGGGCUUAUCUUGUUGGUUCAAAAGAUUGGACACAAAGUCCAAACAAAGAGUCAGAAGAAGUUGAAAGGGAUAGUAAUUUUGACGUGAUCUGGUUCGAGAACUUGGAUCAUGGUCAGGCCUUUGAUUACAAAACGACAAGGCUGCGUCUCGUUGAGACUGUUCGAGGAUUGUGCAACGAGGCUAUAGGCCCUGAAAAGGCGAUGGAGGCCGGAAAAAAGCGCCUGAACGGUCUAUUGUAA